AUGUCUGUGGUCGUUCUGGCGUUGAUACUAUCGGGGAUUGUUGUGGCCCACUCGGCCCCGACGGAGACUCGUUCGGGAAAGAAAGAGUUGAUACCAAUAUCAAUCGUUAUGCCGGGAAUGGAAUUCCCCAGGGACUUCGACGGCGAACACCUUUUGCAUGUUAGCGGCAGCAAAUAUUUCCUUCUAUCACAUGAUGAUCUGACACAAACAGAUCAAGACGCAUGA